AUGACGGCGCUCAUCCUCGCCACCGAUGCCCGGCAGCAGUCGAUCACCGUUAUCUCCAUCAUGCCUACCACAGCCUCCGUGACGAUGACAACGACGACGAUCAACGCAGCUCCCACUUCGAUCAAAACGUUCCCAACGGAUCGCCAACCACCACCACCACCACCACCACCAUCAUCACCACCACCACCACCAUCACCUUAA